AUGGCUUUGGCCCCGCUUCAUCUUUUCUUUGUGCUUUCAGCGGGAAAUCGGAUGGAGAAAGUGCCGGGAUCGUUCGGCACCAGCGCCAGUUUCGCUCUCCGUUUCGGCCAAACUUUUUUUGCAGCUGCUUCGCUAUUCUUCAUGUACUUUUAUUACGAUUUCUACUACAACACUUCCUUCUGCUAUUUGGUGGUUGUGAUGACUAUUGUAACUCCAUGGAGCUUCUCAUUUGCGUUGUUCGACACAUACUCAAUCUUUGUCAAACACCUCCCUCAGGAACCAAUUGUUCUUUCCGUCGUUUUCGCCGGUGAUUUCGUACUGUCUUUUCUUUCUCUUGGUGGGGCUUGUGCUGUAGCUAGUGCAACUGAACUGCUUUUAUCUGUCGAAGAACGGAUCUUUGACGGUAACCUCUGCAGCCAAUACCAACUCUCGGCCGCGAUGGCUAUCUUGUGUUGGUUUCUGUUACUUGCUUCAGCUCUUUUUAAUCUUUGGAGCUUACCUUCUUUAUACUAA